CCACUUGGCUUUUUCCUCCUCACCUUUGACUGAUACUUCACUCACUGCUGGAGAAGCCCAGAACACGAAGGAGAAGCCAUGAGGAACACACUGCUUAGGAUGCUGGUCGCCCUGAUGUGUGCGCUGGCUGCAUGCACUGAGGUCACGCCUGUGGCAGACUUCGACCUGCAGAAGAUGGCAGGCAAGUGGUACAUGGUUGGCUUUGCCACAAAUGCCCAGUGGUUUGUGAACCACAAGGCAGGCAUGAAGAUGGGCACUGCUGUGUUGAAACCGACUGAUGGAGGAGACCUGGACCUCUCUUAUGCCAACCUGAAUGCUGAUGGUACCUGCUGGAGAAUGACUCACCUUGCCAAGAAAACCGAGACUCCUGGACGCUUCACCUUCCGCAGCCAGGUGUGGAACAAUGACAAUGACAUGCGCAUUGCUGAAGUUGUGUAUGAUGACUACGCUCUGGUCCACACUGUCAAGACAAAGGACGGAGUGUCUGAGGUCCUCAACAAGCUUUACAGCCGCACCACCACUGCCAGGGCCGCCCUGCAGCAGAAGUUCACCCAGUUCUCCCUGCAGUCUGGCAUCCUCGCUGAUAACAUUGUCAUCUUGCCAGAGAAUGCUGAAUGUCCUGAAGCCUGAAGUGUCAACUGCUAUCUUCCAUCCUUCAUCUCUCGCGCUCUGAAGUCCCAGGCUUUCAUCUCAGAAGAGUCUUACGCCCCCCCCCCCCCCCCCCCCCCCCCCCCCCCCCCCC